AUGGAGACCGCUACCUCAGAUGAACUUUUCUCCAUCCUGAUAAUAAAUCCCAAUACCUCCACUCACAUGACUGAUUCGCUCAAAUCCCUGAUCCAAAACCUCAAUUAUUUAAAUACCCAUAUCGAUUAUUUUACUGCACCGAAAAAGUCAUCAGUUGGGCCAGACGGGGAGGAAAUAGAGGGAAUCCCCAGCAUUAAUUGCAAUUCUGAUGCAUUUCUUUCUGCGCUCCACUGCUUACCCCAUUUGAAACCUCUGGUACCCAAAUACGACGCAUUUCUGGUCGCUUGUUACUCAGCCCAUCCGCUUGUGGGUAUGCUGAAUAAAGAGGUUGGCAUCGAUCCAAUGGUUCGAGGUGGUGAAGGUCAAUGUCAAUCCAGAAAGAAAUAUGUAACGGGUAUAUUCGAAGCGAGCGUAUCGAAGAGUAUCUCCAUACUACGCUCCUCCGUGUACUCUUCUGUUCCAAAUGUUGGAAAAGCCAUUGGGGGAGCUGGUAGUAAUUCAUCAUUUGGAAUUAUUUCUACGGGAGAGGUAUGGAAGGAUAUAUUUAGAUGCGCUGUACAGGAUUUACUGCGCCAGCUGUCAGGUAUCGGAGUUCAUGAUGAUGUGAACUUGGAGCCAUUAUUCGCUGGCGUCGAGACGACAGGAUUGAGUGCGGUUGAGUUGCACACAACACCUGCAGAAGAGGUCGAGAGACGAAUGGUGGAAGCAACAGAGCGAUUAAUCAAGAGCACAGAUAGAUCAAUAGUGGCCAUAUGUCUUGGAUGUGCUGGAAUGGCGGGUAUGGACAAAUCUGUCCGUCAAGGCUGUCAAAGGGCACUUGGACGGGAGGAGGGAGACAAGGUUAUCAUUGUCGAUGGAGUUAUUGCUGGAGUUGAGCUGUUGAUUGCCGCAUUAAAUGAGACUGUUAUUGGUUAG